UGGGGGAUUUGAGUUCCAGGGAAGCUCAGCCCCUUAAAGCAGAGCCCGGGCCAGAAGCCGGCGCUCCUCUCGGCCGUGUCCCGGACUUUCCUCGCACGGGUGGAGCGGUAGGAGGAGCUUGAGCCCCAGAAGUUGGCAGUGGAGGCUGGUGGGUCAGAGAAGACCUCAAGUGGCAAGCUGCUUGGACCAUGGCCUCUGACCUUGACUUCUCACCUCCUGAAGUGCCUGAGCCCACUUUCCUGGAGAACCUGCUGCGCUACGGACUCUUCCUGGGGGCCAUCUUCCAGCUCAUCUGUGUGCUGGCCAUCAUUGUACCCAUUCCCAAGUCCUCAGAGGCGGAGGAGGAGCCCGCGGAACCCAGGAACGUGGAGGUGUCGAGGAGGCCCAAGACCGUGGUGCCUUCUGCAAGCAAGAGGCCCAAGAAGGAGACCAAGAAGAAGCGCUAGAGCAGGAGGCUAGGACCAGGCCGGCUGCUCUCCCGGGAAGCCACAUCCUGUUCCCCGUCUCCGUCCCGGGCUCAGGGGCUGAGGUGGCCGCGACGCGCUCUAAGCACAGAGGUCUAGACAGUCCGCUGGUCCCCGGGGCCCCUGGCAGACACCACUUCUGGUCCCUGUGCUCUGGGACCACGUCGAGUCAAGAGGCCUGCAAGACCCUUGAGCAGACUGUCCUAGGAGGUUGUUAGAGGUGCCGUCGACUCCCAUGGUUAUGUUUUCUUACUUGCCCGUCCCGGCUGCCUGUGGUCACCGCUUGUGGUUUGGGGUCAUUAUCUCAUGCUGACGACAGUCCUCUCCCAGUGUCUGUGCCACAGACCUCCUGCUGAUCAGUCACUUUGCCUGUCUGUGUGGACAGAGCCGGCCACGCUUGCGUGUUUACAUCGAGGCGCCAAGGCCUGGCACCAUUCGUGAUCUCACCAGCUGCGGCAGCCCGGGCCGAGAGAUGCCUGGUAUGGGAGCCAGCAGCCGCCUGGACCAGGGCAGUGCCUGGUUCUGCUCCAGCAGGUGGAAGGGAUUUGGCUGAACGAGUGCUUCUGUCUUGGGCACACGCUUCCUGAGGCUCUGAAACAGGCCUGUCAGUUCAGACCAGCCUGGCGUGUCAGCCCGUCGUAACACAUCGGGUGUGCCUUUACCUUUGACCCCAUCUGUCAUUCCCUGGCCAGCGAGGAAAGGCCAAUAAACUGUGCAUGUUGACCCUGCCUGUGUGCCAUCUGCUGUGGAGGGAAAGGGGUGGCUCGGGGGAGGGCGAGGCUGGCCCCCCGGAGAAGGGGACUGUGGGAGCUGGAACAGGUGUCAGGAGGGGUCCAGCCCACGGCUGGUCACUGGAGACACUCGGGACGUCCGUGGGUGUGUUAGGGUUCCCACUGGGUCCAGCCGCAGUCACUCUGCAGGUUCCUGUGGCCUGGGCAGACACUGCUGGUCCUCAGAGUGGCUUGUGAAAAACCCAGUGCAAAUCAGUGGAAAGCCUCGCGUGGUCCUGGGUGGGGCUGGCCGCGGGCCCUGAGUCGGCGUCCAGGAAAAGCCCCAGCCUCUGGUGCCAGAGCAGCCUGCAGGUUGUUUGCCACACACUCCCCCAGACAGGAGUUUCGAGGCCUGGCACGGAGCUCGAGGGCUGAGCGACCGUCAUCUCCGCGUGGGAGACAGGACACUGGCACUCAGACUACUUGAUGCCAGAGCUGGUGCUUGUGCCCAAGUCCAAGGCCGUUUCCUUGGGAUCUAACAGAUGCUCAGUGACGGCAAGCCCAGUGCUGGGCUGCAGAGGGGCGUGGCAGGAUCCUCCAAGGGCUCAGGAGACGAUACCCAGGGACUGCAGCUUCUGGCCACGCAACGGCCCGUUCCCGGGCACGUGGGCACGGGAGGGACCUCUGUGGAGUGGCUCUUCACAACCCUGCCCUGAGUCUCGGGUGCCAGGCUCCGUGCUGGGCAGUGAGGAUGUCGGCAUGACGAACCUUCCUGCAAGCCCGGGGUGCCCCGGCCUGGUGUGGGGCCCGACGUGAGUGGGUUUGUGGUGGGGAGUGCCACCCUGGCGCAGGGACACAGCUCUGUCUCGGGUGGGUCCUGGCAGAGCAGAGGUGACCGAGCCGAGUCCUGAUGGGCCAGCGGCAGUUGUGCUGGGAGAGUCUGGGGGCCAGCUGCUGGGGAGAAACAGCUCCUGUCCCAGGCGCAGAGCUAGCCCGCGAUGCCCACCUCCCCUGAGUUGUCCCCUGAAAGGUUGUGCCGGGCGACAGCCCUCAGAAGGCAGGGCAGACGCUGCGCCCCUCCCCCCACCUUCGUUUUACAGUGCCCCGGGUAGGUUGUGGCGGCAGCACUGUGGGCUCCCAGGACGUCCCGGUGUCUGGAGAGCCCGGGGGCAGCAGAGGAGGGCGCCCUGGCAGAUGCGACCUUCCUCCUCCUCCUCUUCCUCUUCCUCUUCCUGCUGUCUUCGGCCCUCAGUGGGUGUGCUGAAGCGCGUGCACACUGGGGAAGGCCCACCAGUUCUAACACUGUCUGUGCUGCGGACGUUCUAACGACACACAGGAGUGACGUGGCACCAGGUAGGGGGGCGGCCCUGUGCUGGCGCCUCCCAGCGACCCUGGGCCCCUCUGCUCAGCUGCAGACAGCGUCCGCCUUGCCCCUCAUGCACACCCAACGCGCGUCUCAUCUCGGAGCAAAGUCCUGAUCCCACCAGCAGCCCAAGCCUGCCCUGUUUGUGACCCUUUCCUAAAAAAUGUGUAUGUAUCUGAGGGAUGCAGCUUGGGGAUGCGAUACAUGUCUGCAUUGUGGAAUAACCGCCAGCAUCAAGCUGAUUAAAAUGCCCCUC